GAUAUAUAGCACCCAGAGUACAGAGCAGAGGGCGGGAGAGCUGGCAGGAAGGCAUAACUGGUCCUCAACCAUGAGCUCCAGCCAGCCAGGGACCUGCCCAUGCCGGGGUGCUGCAGGCCGCCCAGCUAUUCUGUAUGCACUUCUGAGCCCCAGCCUCAGGGCCAGGCCCUCUGUGCCUCCAUCCCGUAGCCGCUGCCUGUGCAGGCAGCACCGACCUGUUCAGCUGCGUGCCCCGCAUCGCACCUGCCAGGAGGCUUUGAACGUUCUGGCCAAGACGGUGGUCUUUCUCAGGAACCUGCCAUCCUUCUGCCAGCUGCUCCCCCAAGAUCAGCGGCUGCUGCUGAGGGGCUGCUGGGGCCCCCUCUUCCUGCUUGGGUUGGCCCAAGACACUGUGACCUUUGAGGUGGCUGAGGCCCCAGCUUCCAGCAUACUCAAGAAGAUCUUGCUGGAGGAGCCUAGCAGUGCAGGCAGAGAUCAGCUGCCAGAUCGGCCCCAGCCCUCUCUGGCUGCUGUGCAGUGGCUUCAGUGCUGCCUGGAGUCCUUCUGGAGCCUGGAGCUGGGCCCCAAGGAAUAUGCCUACCUGAAAGGGACCAUCCUCUUCAACCCUGACAUGCCAGGCCUCCACGCCUCCCUCCACAUCUGGCACCUGCAGCAGGAGGCUCAUCAAGCGCUGUGUGAGGUACUGGAGCCUUGGUACCCAGCAAGCCAAGGCCGCUUGGCCCGAGUUUUCCUCACGGCCUCCACCCUCACAUCCAUUCCAUCCAGCUUGCUUGGGGACCUCUUCUUUCGCCCUAUUGUUGGAGACGUUGACAUCGCUGGCCUCCUUGAGGACAUGCUUUUGCUGAGCCGACCUGCCCCAGCCCAGGCAGAGAUCGGGUGCAGGCUGGGAAGAGGUUGGCAGCACUGAUUUGGCCUGGCUGUCCUCACGGGUAACCCAAUGCUCCCAGAGCGGACAGACCUGUAGAGACAGCACCUGGCUCCCCCUGAGCAAGCUGGCCUGGCCCAGCCAGGUGGGCUACAGGGCCCCUCACUCAGCCACAUUCCCAGUGGCCUUCCUUGGCUUGGGCACCAUGCUCCAGAUGUCUGGCUGGCCCUUGGUGGUCCAGAGAGUCUCUGGGCCGAGACUCCUGCCCCUUCCCAGAAUGGAGAUGGAAGCUCAGACUACUUAUUGGCCCAAGAGUACUACUGACUUUGUACAAAACUGACUUUAAGUUAUUGGCUUUUGUAAUAAAAGGUACAGCAUC